AUUCACAGCCUUGUGUCUAGGCUGCUCAUCCUUCUGGCCCCUGGGACAUCCCUACCGCACCCACAGCUGCUGUUCACCCACCUGCCUGCCCUGCUGAGAAAAAAAAAUGGCACCCAAGAAGGCAAAGAGAAGGGCAGCAGCCGAAGGAGGAAGCUCCAAUGUCUUCUCCAUGUUUGACCAAACACAAAUCCAAGAGUUCAAAGAGGCUUUCACUGUCAUUGACCAGAACAGAGAUGGCAUCAUUGACAAGGACGACCUGCGAGAUACAUUUGGUGCCAUGGGGCGCAUGAACGUGAAGAAUGAGGAGCUGGAAGCCAUGAUCAAGGAGGCCAACGGCCCAAUCAACUUCACUGUCUUCCUCACCAUGUUUGGUGAGAAGCUGAAGGGUGCUGAUCCUGAGGAUGUCAUCAUUGGCGCCUUCAAAAUCCUGGACCCUGAGGGCAAGGGCACUGUCAAGAAGAAGUUCUUGGAAGAACUCCUGACUACCCAGUGUGACCGGUUCACCCCAGAAGAGAUCAAGAACAUGUGGCAGGCCUUCCCUCCAGAUGUGGCUGGCAACGUUGACUACAAGAACAUUUGCUACAUCAUCACACACGGAGAGGAAAAGGAAGGGGAAUAAACCCCAGAUCUCCCACCCUUGCUUUGUGGGGGAAUCCACUCAGACACCCCCAGGCCGGGGAGUUCGCCUUACACCGGUCCCUGAUGAUCCACACACUUUUGUACCCAGCAACAUACAUGCCAAACCUGUUAUUUAUUAGGAUUAUUAUUUGGGGAGGAAAACUUUGCCCCCAAAGCCAACUCCUGCCUUCAGCUAGUCUUAACCUAACCGGAACCUUCCUCCAUAAAACAUCUUAAUAAAGAUGACGACAUCUCUGUUUCUAAUG